CCACGGUGUUGAGCGACAGCAAAAGGCCCCUCCACGGUGGGUAUCCGGCAUCUUCUCCCCGCAGCCAUCGUCCGAUUCCGCAUCAUUCCUCUCCACCCGGCUUGCUUGGCUUGCCUUUCCGGCUGCUGCCUCCUUGGAUUUAAAGCUACGACACAUCCCUCUUCCAGCAAGGCCCCGACUACGACAUACUCCCCGGCGCGCCGAGUUUGUCAGUUAGCCGAGGCGCGACGGCGGGGGCAGGAUGAGCUACUCCGGCGGCUGCUCGACGUGCCUGGAGAUCGUCUUCGCCGCCGUGCUCCCGCCGCUCGGCGUCUUCUUCCGGUACGGCUGGUGCAGCUCGGAGUUCUUCAUCUCGCUGCCGCUGACGAUACUCGGCUACGUCCCCGGCAUCAUCUACUCCGUCUAUGUCAUCCUGAAGACGCCGCCGGAGCUGCCGAGCAUCGACGGCGACCGGCCAUACUACAUCCUCGCCUAAUGUGACAAACUCCUUCGUGCACAUACUGCUGUAGUGGAGCUUGCUGUACUGUAUCGGCCAUUGUCGGGAUUGGACAUGACUUGUAAGUUGUGCGUAGCCGUAGCUAGUGGUUUGAGGGCAAUUCUUUAGUGCCGGUGGUUGUACAUGUAGUUCUUUUUCUUGAUUGGUUGGCUAUAUUGGUGUCGUGAUGUAUGAUUGGGUUCAUCUGUUGGCUCCUUGAGGAAGAGAAUCUUCCCGCUGGCUCGGGAGCUAGCGAUUAGUGUACUGUCAAGGAAUAGGAAAAGCCUAGAAUUGAAAUGUCCCGUGCAGGUUUAAUACUACAGGAUUUCGAAACAGGGAUUCUGCGUUAUGUGUCUUUGGAUGGUGAACAGGAAACAAAGAUGAGAAUUCUUUUUUCUGAAA